AAUGAUAAGAAUAAUGUUAUCAUAACAUCAUUUAAAAACAGUGAAUAAGAGCAUUAAGCGUGUGUUAAGGGUUGUGAUCUGUUUGGGUUUGUAUUGCGAGCUCUCAGUGGGGGGGUGUCAUGAGACACUUUGAUGAUCACCAACCGGUUUUUUUUAAGGCCUUGCGCUCAUCGCUGGUGCCACCAAGAGAGAAUGUGGCGCCAUUAGUAUGCAAACUGUGUUUGGUUGCUCUGUCUGCGAGACAAAACCUCUGUUUUCACAAGAAGAAUGGCCCACUACUAAUUAAAGACAAUUAGGCUCCUCACAACAAAGGGACCAAAUUCGGGGUCAUAAAUCGACUCCUCCUCUGUUGGUUUUAGAGGUGCUGAAAACCCUGUUUAUUUACAUAACAGCAUGCGAAAAACGACACUUACAAUUAUUGAUGGUAAUGCGAGGCUCCAUCAGUCACUUGACUUGUUGGAGGGGGAGUGGGUUCAUAUUCUUGUUGCCUUUUUUACAGAGGGGCGCAUACAAGUGGAGGCAAGACACCUCAUAAUUAACCUACAUUUCUCAUUCGUGACAGUGAGACAUGUAUCGUGCAAAAUGACUUUGCCUCCAUGUUAAGUGUCUGCAUUCAUGCUGAGAACUGGUGCUAUAAAAACCGAUCGUCAGGGGCCGAUUGCUGAUCUUCAUGAGAGAGAAAGAUCCCCAGAGAAAUGACGCUGCUGAUUGAUAAGUCUUUCAGUAUUUCGGUGCAGGGAAAUGGAAAUUUAAAGGAGAGCAGGGAUGCAGCGAGCCAAUUGUGGCAGAGGCUGGCCGUCAUUGGCUCCGAGGUAGGCCCCGCCCCCGCGAGCCUUGAUAUGGGAAUUUACUGGCGCCAUCCGCGUCAGUCUCCGCCACAUCUCAUUAAUGAGCCCGAGCAGAGCACGGAUCAGGAGGUUUACACAUCCGAGCUGUGUCCGCCGUCAGCUGAUCGAGACCGCAACAGGUAUCCCCUCCUGAGGAGAAAGAAGGAGACCGGGCUAUUAAAAGGAUUUUUUUUUAAAUUUCUGCAGUAAAUAAACACAGCCGAGACCCCUACAGCUCGGGAACUAUAUUGUCAGGAGGAUCUAACUUCCAUUUUGGAGGCGAGAGUGUGUAGAGUAGCCCGGCGCACAGACAGAGGCGCGUUCAGAGGAGAAGCAGACGACCAGCUCAGCCAUGGAGGUCGCAGCGGCCGAUCAGUCUCGGUGGAUGGCGCACCACCACGCAGUGCUGAACAGCCAGCACCCGGACUCUCACCACCACAGUCUGAGCCACAACUACAUGGAGCCCAUGGCGCCUUUGCUGCCCCAGGACGAGGUGGACAUGUUUCUGAACCACUUGGACUCUCAGGGGAACCCUUACUACACCAACUCCCGGGCAAGGGUCACCUACAGCCAAGCGCACGCUCGUCUCGCUGGGAACCAGGUCUGCCGACCACACCUCAUCCACAGCCCCGGGAUUCCCUGGCUGGAUCCCGGCAAAGCUGCCCUGUCCGCUGCGCACCACCACAACGCAUGGGCGGUCAGUCACUUCAGCAAACCCGGCCUGCAUCCCACCGGCUCCGGCUACCCCUGCAGCAGCAACACCGGCACGGCCCCCGUGUCGUCGCUCACCCAGGGGUCCCACUCCAGCUCGCACCUCUACAGUUUCCCCCCGACCCCUCCGAAAGACGUGUCGCCGGACCCCGGCCCCACCUCCCCGACCUCCACCUCGACCAGGAUGGACGAGAAGGAUUCGAUCAAGUCCUACCAGGGGCCGCUGACGGACAGCAUGAAAAUGGAGAGCUGUAGUCCACUGCGCAGCGGCCUGGCCUCGAUGAACGGCCAGGCCACGCAUCACCCCAUCCCGACCUACCCGGCCUACUCUCUGCCGAAUCCACAUGAGUACGGCGGCAGCCUCUUCCACCCCGGCAGCCUGCUCGGCGGGUCCAGCUUCACGCCCAAGUGCAAAAGCAAAGCCAGAUCGAGCUCAGAGGGACGGGAAUGUGUAAACUGCGGGGCGACCUCGACCCCUCUUUGGCGACGGGACGGAACCGGCCACUACCUGUGCAACGCCUGCGGACUGUACCACAAGAUGAACGGCCAGAAUCGACCGCUCAUCAAGCCCAAACGCAGACUGUCCGCUGCGAGACGUGCAGGCACCUGCUGCGCAAACUGCCAGACCACCACCACCACCCUGUGGAGGCGCAACGGGAACGGAGACCCGGUGUGUAACGCCUGCGGCCUUUACUUUAAACUGCACAAUGUUAACAGACCCCUGACCAUGAAGAAGGAAGGCAUCCAGACACGCAACCGCAAGAUGUCCAGCAAGUCCAAGAGGAACAAGCGAACAGGGGACGGCUUUGACGAGCUGUCCAAGUGCAUGCACGACAAGGCCUCUCAUUUCGGCGGGGGACCCGGCCUCACCAGCCACAUGACCCACAUGGGUCACCUGCCCCCCUUCAGCCACUCGGGACACAUGCUGCCUACUCCCACGCCCAUUCAUCCUUCAUUCGGUCACCCCCACCACUCCAAUCGCUCGCCGGUCUGGGCCGAGCCUCACUGAGGGCCCCCCCCCCCACAGACCCAAAACUCCUCCGCCUGUAGGAGCCGCCACGCCGCCAUUAACACUAAAUGGCCUUCACAUCACGCCAAAAGCUGAGCAGACUUGUUGCGUUAUGUACAGUGAUUGGGAGGGACUUUCAGUUGGACUUUGUAACUGAAGGUCAUGUUAUGCCUGACUUCACUGAUGGGACGCCACAGAAAGCGGGACGUUUGCGGACUCUGUGAAGAGUAAACGUGACGCGGGGCUUCCCUGGUCCCUGGGUGAUUUGUGGCUUACAGGAAUGGAGAGAACGAAGAUGCUUUUCAUUCUUUUUGCUUAUUUUUACUGAGUCACUUUGGUACCCACCUCUCCAUGACCCUGUAACAGGAGACUCCAGAGGUCUUUAAAGAACCGCUGUUCCCACCUCACGACCAUCUCGUUAUAUGCUGAGAUACGUGCAUCCUGUCCACCCCCAUGCUGUUGCCCACAACCGCCAUGGACAGACAGACGGACAGAGAGACAGACUUCAGUGCUGGAGGUCUAAAGACUGGCUCGCAGCUGCAGCACCCCGUAUGCCCCUGUUACCAACCAGUCAGGCCCAGACUACAAUACCCAUAGACGAGUUCUCUCCUCACAUGCUGGAUUGUACACCACCACAACGCUCACCUGUUUUUAAUAAUGGACUUUUAAGGAAAAAAGACACCGUAAAUAAAGUGUUUAUAAAUGCUUAAUUGCUAUUAUUGUUGUCAUAUUUGAUGUUAUAAUUAUUGCUACGAUAAUUUAUUUUCACUGUUAAAGCUUUCGUCAAAGACACAUGGAAACUGUUAUGAUUUUAAUUUCAUGGUUAUUACGUAAAGAAAAACACUGACCUAUCUUAGAUAAAAAGGCCCUGAGCUGUAUGUUUUUAUCAUUUUUCCAUCUCACAAAAGUAAAGUAAAUAAAGUUUAAUACUGAAGUUCAA